CUGGCUCACGCCAUUGUCGACGGAGGGAUCUGGACAAAGGGGCCCUCCAAUCGUGGCGCUCGGUCACUUGUGUGUAUUAAUCUGGUAACGUGUUAAAAUAACGCCAUUGUGUUGAAGCGUUGAUUACACUGGUUCACGAGGCAAGGCUGUGAUAUGGACGCUACUCCCUGACGUAUAUCAAACCAAGCGACAUGGUCGGUAGUGGGCGGCCGUGCCAUGGUAAUAUUCGCUGUUCUUGAGAACUAAUCAUAGAUACUCCCAUUAGACACCAGGCCUAGGGACCAUGUGGCUGAAAGUGAUCGUCCUGCUGCUAACGGUGUACAUAUUACCUACUUCCGGUUUCGUCUUCAACAUCCGGUCCAGUCCGGACCCCAACAGAAACCGGUGUGGCUUGAGAUGGAUCAAAAUGACAAUUCACCCCCCGAUAAUGUACGCCAGUCGGUGCCAGUCGGCCACUGUCUACACACUGGGCUGCAAGGGAGGGUGCGAAUCCUACAGCAAAAUAGAUUAUGAGCGCAACGCUACGAACAUACAGAGGUAUUGCAGCUGUUGCAGUCAGACGGAGGUCGCCCCCAUCCGUAAACCUGCUCUACUUCCGUGUUCAGACGGAAACGUACUUCGGAUACCAGUCAAGAUGGCCUUGACCUGUCACUGUCGACCUUGUUCAAUGUCAGUUCAACAGAUAGACAUUUUCGACCUUCGGAGAUUGUUGGCGUCAAGCCGCCCGAGCUCGGCCAUAUUCGGAGGCUGAUGUUUGGAGCAAGUACAACGUUCAUGGAUCGUGAAUGAUAAAAUGGAUUCUGUGUACUAUGUGCUUAAUCAGUACCGUUGUGUUAAAAUAAACAAACAAUAUACGUUGUGAGUAGUAGAUGCUGUAUUGGAGAGGACGAAAUAGGAUAAGUGUCCUUUUUGACCAAACAUUUACGGAAAAUUGUGAGACAUUGGCAUGAAAUUGUCAGACAUGGGUGGUUUAAUUAUUUCUUACUUUUUUGGACCAAUUACAAAAUUAUUGCCAAACUGAACGAUGGACAUCCAUUUCAGGGACUCCUCUUAAAUCCAUCUAUGCGACACCUUAGCCUCAACAUACAAUAGGUAUUGAUAUGAAUAUAAAACAUGCAUAAUUAUUAAAGAACAAUGCCUCAUUCUCAUUGAUACGAACCUAUUCAUAACUAGGGUGUGCUUAUUUCGUACAAUCGCACAAUCGACUCUGCUUUUGGCAGCUAUCUUAUCCACAUUGAAAGGGUUUUGUCGCUUGUGUUCACAUUCCGACAUGUUACAGAUCCCUUGGGACAACUGCCCCUCUUUUACCUUGUCCACCCAAACCAUGUACUGAAGGAGGUUUUUUUAGAUAUUGUGAGUUGAUGUGUACGGUUUUAAAGUAAUGGAGAGAUAAUUAUGUAGCAAGUAGUGGUUUACUUCCUAAAUAAUUGUGUAAUUGCUUGUAUGUAGACACAAUAAAGACAAUAUAAGUCCUGAGAAAAAUGGAAACUUGGAAAUAUUAUUGUUUCAGUUAAGACCCUUGCACAGUAUAUAUCCUUUAGAACAGAAUAUUGCAUGACUAAAUAGUAAACAUUUGGGGGGUUUUAAGGGGUACGAAAAUUAUUCUACAAAUUAUUCUUAUUAUUCGCCAUAGGAUCUUAAAGAUUGAGCAAAGUCUUUUCAAUUUUCCUCUUUUUUUAACCUUUUAACCUUACAAUUGUACAUAUGAACUUGCCAAUUCAACUUUGUAUGUUGAAAUUUAAACUUGGUGUCCUAAAUUGUAAGUAGGGAACCAAUCUCAUUGAAAUCAGAUCUAUGUUCUCGCUGCCGCUAAAGAAAGAUCUGGGGACAUCCCAUUACGGGUCACGUCAGAACGACCUUUCGCGGACUUUGACCGACCACUGAAACGACUAACAAAAGGUCGACAUCAGCCAAUUAAGAAGCAGCUUUCUCGAGAUUUACGGCACUCGUUUCAACCUGUCGAAUUCCAUUUGAGACUACGCUUGAACAAUUUAUUGACACAGUUCCCGAUUAAAAUUUUGAAAACUGAACAAACGAACAUUCCGGAGUAUCUAAUAUAUGGUUGAGAUUGUAUGGCAGUGCUUCCCACGUACUGUGCAAAGCCUCCUCCGUUCAAAUG